GUUCGUACGUACGCACGCGUCCCGCUCAAGUCUGACGAGUGAAUACUAAGUGAUUGUGAAAUAAAGUUUGAUAAACUUUCAAAGUUUUUAAAUGUUGUCAAAAUUAUAAAGAGAAGUAAUGUUUAUAUUUUCUUUUAUAACCAUGAGUUUAAUUGUGAUUAAGUUGACGUUAAGUUAUGAACAUGUACUUUUUAAAACUACUUUAUAGGGCCCUUAAAGUUGAGUGAACUUUCGUACCUUCAUUCCGUUUAGAAUCGCGCAAAUCCCACAGGUGUUAUGUUGUGAGAGUUAAGAUCCUAGCAACCAGUUCAAAAAUGCAGCUUUGUUUAAGUAUCUAUUUAACUAAUAUAUAUUUUUGUCAUGAAACAAGUUUAGAAACAAUAAGCAAUGUGCAAUUCUAAGUGGUGAGCAACUUUAUUUCGGGUUAUGGAAGAAUUAGAACGAUUACUAAACAUGUAUUCGAGGAAAUUUCUUGGGCUCCUGUUAACAACAUAUUUAUUCAUUCAAAUUGUAACUGCCUCAGAAACUUCAGCGCAAAUGCAGCCGCCGCGCUUCAACAUGCAACCCUCGUCCUUAAAUAGCAUCGUACGAGAGGGCACGUCCAAGAUAUUGCAAUGUUCCGCAGUCGGAAUACCGCAGCCGAUGUACAGGUGGUUAAAAAACGGCGUACCCCUGAGCGAAUACUCAACAGACAUCUUCUACAAGAUUCACAACACGCAGCGACAAGACGCGGGCGCGUACCAGUGCAUCGCCAAAAAUGACGUCGGCGCCAUCUUCAGCGAAAAGAACAAUAUUGUUGUAGCAUAUAUGGGUAUGUUCGAAAACAAAAUAGAACAAGAAGUUACAGUUGACUCAGGCAGAGCUGCUAUCUUAGAUUUCCCCCACAUUGACUCAGAACCGCCUCCAUCAGUUAACUGGCAGGACGAGAACGGUGAACUGGGAUAUGACCAGAAAUAUGCCGUAACCGAUGACCAUAAGCUUGUUAUAUUGUGUGCUUCGAAAAAGGAUGAGAGGUCUUAUAGAGCCCAAGCUUUUAACACCCAAUCAGGAAAAGUUGAAAAUAGUCCAUACAUAAGACUAAAUGUCCUUGGCGAUGACACCAAAGAAAUAGCUCCAGAAAUAAUUAUCAAACCGCAAGACACAAAGAUAAUAAAGGGUCAGGAGUACAGGAAUCUAUAUUGCAUCGCAAACGCGAGGCCUUUGCAUGAAUUAGAGACGUUAUGGUUCAAAGAUGGCAUUUUAAUUGACAUUGCUGGUAUUACUUACGACUUGAACGACCAGUGGAACAGAACGCUAAGUCUCAUAUCAGCUAACUUGACUCAUACAGGACAGUAUACUUGCCAAGCUAGAUUAAAAAGUGGUGGAUUCGCGACGGUGACUGCAUCAGCUACAGUCACUGUGUUCGAGAAACCGACCAUGUUGUCGACACUUAAGUCUGAGACUUAUGGUGAAUUCGGGAACACCGUAGUCUUGGAAUGCAACGUAGAAGGUAUACCCUUGCCGGGGAUCACAUGGUACAAAGAUGCGAAGAAAAUAGCGAGCGUCGGUGCCGAAGCGGGGGAGACCGACAACGGCGACGUAGACGACGGCGGAGGCAGGUAUCGAGUAGAACUGGACCGAUCGCUUAUAAUAAACGAUCUGAAAAUGGAAGACAUGGGAAUUUACCAAUGUAUCGCGAGCAACGAAGCCGGGGAAGCUUCCAUAAAUACCUGGUUAAAGAUCAAAACGUCCCCGCCAGUAAUGCAGAGCGCGCCCACCAACCUGACGGUGCUGGACGGCAAGGACGCCACCAUCAGCUGCCGGGCCGUCGGCGCGCCCACGCCCAAUGUCACCUGGUACUUCAACGAUUCUCUUAUAAUCAAGCUGUCAGGUCGGCUGCAGGCUUUGGACGAGGGCGACCUGUUGAUCACGAGCACGACGACCGCCGACAGCGGCAAGUACACCUGCAUUCGAGCAAACGACGCGGGCAACGUCUCCGGCGAGGCGUUCCUCACUGUAUUAGUGAGGACGCAGAUAAUAGCACCGCCGGUGGACACGCGUGUACUGCUGGGCCACACAGCCACGCUACAAUGUCGAGUAUCCAGCGACCCAAACGUCAAGUACAACAUCGACUGGUUCCACAACAAUCAGCCGAUGACGGCAGGUUCUCGAGUUUGGAUAACGAACGAGGGGGCGCUGCAAGUGCAGGCGGUGCGCGCGAGCGACGCGGGCGAGUACGCGUGCGUGGUGACGUCACCGGGAGGUAACCACACGCGCCGCGCUCUGCUCUCCGUCAUCGAGCUGCCCUUCGCGCCUACCAACGUGCGCGCCCUGCGGCUGGACGCCACGCAGCGAGCCGUCAACGUCUCCUGGACGCCAGGCUUCGAUGGCAACUCGCCCGUGCACAAGUUCAUCGUACAACGAAGAGUCGUACCCGAGUUUGGUCCGACACCGGACCCGCUGCUGAACUGGGUGACGGAGCCAAUGAACGUAUCCGCGAGCCAGCGCUGGGUGCUGCUCACCAGCCUGAAGGCGGCCACCUCCUACCAGUUCCGAGUGUCCGCCGUCAACACAGUCGGCGAGGGCCCACCCUCCGACCCCACCGACGUCUUAACACUACCACAAGAAGCACCAUCGGGCCCACCGUUGGGUUUUAUGGGAUCAGCGAGAUCUUCAUCAGAAAUUAUAACACAAUGGCAACCGCCACUCGAAGAACACAGAAACGGUCAUAUACUGGGUUACGUCAUCAGAUAUAGGCUAAGAGGCUACGACAAUAGCCCCUGGACGUAUCAAAACAUCACCAACGAAGCGCAAAGGAACUAUCUAAUACAAGAUUUGAUCACAUGGAAAGAUUACAACGUCCAAAUAGCGGCGUACAACGACAAAGGAGUGGGCGUGUUCUCUGACAGUUACACGAUCAAGACUAAAGAGGGCGUUCCCGAAGCGGCACCUGACAACGUACGCUGCGAAGCAUUUAAUUCUACAGGUAUAACGGUGUGGUGGACACCGCCCAACCCACAGAAAAUUAACGGAAUUAAUCAGGGUUACAAAAUCCAGGCGUGGAGAUGGGAGGCGAGCGAGAACGGCAACGUGGAGCAGAAGAUAGUGAGCAUCCCGCCCAACCUACUGGACCCGCUGACGGAGCAGUCGGCGGUCAUCGCCGGACUUGACAAGUUCACUGAAUACAACAUAUCCGUGCUCUGCUUCACCGAGCCCGGCGAUGGACCUAAGAGUGAUUACGUACUAGUCAGGACUAAAGAAGACAUUCCGGACGAGGUUGGCGGUUUGCAAUUCGACGAUAUCUCAGAUCGUGCGGUGCGCGUGUCGUGGUCUCCCCCGAAGAAAGCAAACGGCGUACUGAUCGGCUACAAGCUGUCCUACCAAGUUAAAGACAACAAUGACACGUACAAAGAAGAAAUAUUACCACCAAAUAUCACUAGCAUACGAGUGGAGCAUUUACAGGCGAGUACGCAGUACGUAGUGUGGGUGAGCGCGCUGAGCGGCGUGGGGGAGGGGCCGGCGCGCGGGGCGGGGCUGCAGUCGGGGGUGGAGCCCGUGCUGCCCGCCGCGCCCCGCAACCUCGCCCUCUCCAACAUCGCCGCAGACUCCGUGCUGCUGCAGUUCACGCCCGGCUUCGACGGCAACUCCUCCAUAUCUCUCUGGACAGUACAGGCACAGACAGCUCGCAACACAUCAUGGGUGACAAUCUAUGAAGUGAGCGAACCGGACGCUCAGUCCAUCCUAGUGACAGGCUUGGUGCCGUUUACGACGUACCGUCUGCGGCUAGUGGCCAGCAACGUGGUGGGCUCGUCACCGCCCUCCGAGCCCUGCAAGGAGUUCCAGACCAUACAGGCACCGCCCCGCCACCCUCCCCGCAACGUCACCGUGCGAGCCGUCAGCGCCAACAACCUCAGAGUUCGGUGGAUUCCUCUACAACAAAGCGAAUGGUACGGGAACCCGAAGGGGUACAACAUAACAUAUAAGCGCAGUGGCGACAACGAGACACUGCACUGCGUCAUCGAGGACCACACGGCCAACUCGCAUGUGCUCGCCAACCUGGAGGAGUGGUCGCUGUACGAGGUGCGCAUGACCGCGCUCAACGAGGUCGGUGUCUCCGCCGAGAGCCCCACCGCGCUCGAGAGGACCAGGGAAGCUGUGCCUUCAUCUGGACCUGCUAAUGUAUCAGCGAACGCCACGUCUUCGACAACCAUAGUAGUGCUAUGGGGCGAUAUACCCGUUCAGGAUCAGAACGGCUUGAUAGAGGGCUACAAGGUGUGCUACGCUGCGAUCGUGCCCCCCCCUAGACCCGAGCACCACAAGGUGGAGUGUCAGGCGAUACCCUCCAACCAGACUCACACGGUGACCCUCACCGAGCUGAGGAAGUACGUCGUCUACCAGAUACAGGUGCUCGGGUAUACCAGGCUCGGAGACGGGGCUCUCAGCGACCCGCCCGUCACUGUCAGGACAUUUGAAGACACGCCGGGUCCACCUUCGAACGUGUCUUUCCCUGACGUGACGUUCACGAUGGCGCGUAUCAUCUGGGACGUGCCGGAAGACCCCAAUGGCGAGAUCCUGGCCUACAAGGUGACCUACCACCUCAACAGCUCCACGCAACACAUGUUUUCCAAAGAAUUCCUACCCUCUGACAGGACAUUCAGGGCGACGGAGCUGCUGCAAGAGCGGUACUACCUGUUCUCGGUGACGGCGCAGACACGGCUGGGGUGGGGCGGCACUGCUCGCGCGCUCGUGCUGACGACCGCCAACCGCGCUGCGCCCGCGCCCCCCGCGCGCCCCAACCUGCAGCGCUCGCUGCUGCAGCCGCAUCACAUCACUUUCUCUUGGACGCCCGGCGACGACGGAUACGCCCCCCUCAGAUACUACACGGUGCAACAGAAGGAGGAGGGCGGCACGUGGCAGACGCUGCCGGAGCGCGUGGACCCAUUCGCGACCUCGUACACGGUGGACGGCCUCAAGCCCUACACAGGCUACCAGUUCCGUAUCCGCGCUACCAACGACAUCGGUCCCAGUCGGUAUAGCAAUGCCACCGAAAUGGUGCGCACACUGCCCGCAGCGCCGAGCAAAGCUGUAGAGCAGCUGCGCGUGGUGCCGAUCACACCGAGCAGCGUGCGCGUGCAGUGGGCGCCGCUGGCGGAGGCGCACUGGAGCGGCGACACCGCACAUGGCGGCUAUCGCGUCUCCUAUCAGCCCCUAACCGACUUCCCCACCUCGCUGCAGCACACUAUGAAGCAGGACGUGCCCGGCAUCAAGAGUGAGGAGGUAGUGCUGACGGACUUGGCGGUGGACCGCAACUACGAGAUCAGUGUGUGCGCGGUGAACGCGCAGGGCGCGGGGCCGGGCGGCACUCCGGCCGUCGUGUGGGUGGGCGAGGCGGUGCCCACCGCGCCGCCGCGUGACGUCACCGCGCACGCGCUCUCACCCACAGAGGUCGCACUCACCUGGCAGCCGCCCGCGCUCGCACAGCAAAACGGUGACCUCCUCGGAUAUAAGAUAUUUUAUCUCAUGACCGAUUCCCCGGAGGAACCUGAGCCCGGGCGGCGUGUGGAGGAGGAGAUUGAAGUAGUCCCAGCCACCGCGACCUCGCAUUCAUUAGUAUUCCUUGACAAGUAUACGCAGUACCGAAUACAGGUGUUAGCGUUCAACCCGGCGGGCGACGGGCCGAGGUCGAGCGCGCUGCAGGUGCGCACGGAGCAGGGCCUGCCCUCCGCCCCGCGCAAUAUCUCCUUCACAGACAUCACCAUGAACAGUCUCGUGGUCGCUUGGCUGCCUCCGCGGCGACGCAACGGGCCCAUACAGUCCUACCUCGUCACCUACGAGACCAUCGAGCAGGACGAGAGAUUCAGCAAACAAGUGAAACAGAAAGUGACGGAGGAGCAUCUGGCGGUUGGCGGUCUGGAGGAGGAGGUGGAGUACCGGUUCUGCGUGCGCGCGGUGACGGUGGGCGCGGGAGGUGCGGCGGAGGCGCGCGUGCGCACUGGCCCGCAGCCCGGCUCCCCCGCGCCGCCGCGAGCUCUGCGCCUGCGCCCCGACCCCGCAGCGCUCCAUCUGCGCUGGGACAACGCCGCCUCCGGCCGCGGGCCCCUGCUCGGCUACUACAUAGAGGCGCGCAAAAAAGCGAAGGAAACAUGGCAAGCAUACGACACUCGGUGGGAGACUAUAACGCGCACGGGCAACGGCAUGCUGGAGGAGUUCACGGUGUCGUACCAGAGCCUGCUGCCCUCCACCGCGUACUCGUUCCGUGUGAUCGCGUACAACGAGUACGGCAUCAGCGCGCCCGCCGGCAGCGACAAGGUCAUCGUCACACCCUCCAAGUUAUACCUCGAGUACGGGUACCUGCAGUACCGCCCCUUCUACCGCCGCACCUGGUUCAUGGUGGCGCUCGCCGCCGCCUCGCUCGUCGUCAUCAUCAUGGUCGUCGCCAUACUCUGCGUCAAGAGCAAGACAUACAAAUAUAAAAAAGAAGCGCAAAAGACUCUGGAGGAGUCGCUGGCUGGUGAGACGGACGAGCGAGGCUCGCUGGCCAUGGAGCUGUACCGCUCGCGGCAGAGCUCGGUGGCGAGCGCGGGCGGCGGCGGCGCCGGUGUCACAGCAGGCGCGGGCACGCUGCGCCGCAAGCCCGCCGCCGCACUCGGCAAGGCGCCGCCGCGCCCAUCGCCCGCCUCCGUCGCCUACCACAGCGACGAGGAGAGCCUGCGCGCCUACGACGAGAACCCCGACGACUCCUCGCUCACCGAGAAGCCCUCCGAGAUGAGUUCCUCAGACUCUCAGAACUCUGAGAGCGAGAACGAGAGCGUGCGCUCGGAGCCGCACUCAUUUGUGAACCACUACGCGAACGUGAAUGACACGCUGCGGCAGUCGUGGAAGAGACAGCGGCCCGUGCGCAACUACUCCAGCUACACAGACUCCGAGCCCGAGGGCAGCGCCGUGCUCAGCCUCAACGGCGGACAGAUCGUCAUGAACAACAUGGCGCGCUCGCGAGCACCACUGCCCGGCUUCUCCUCCUUCGUAUGACCCACGCCCCCCUCUCCCCCACCACACACUCACACACUCCACGUCUAACUAGUGAAGCUAUAGGGUAAUCCAAUAAAUUCAUCGCUAAAGAGUACAGACGAUUGAAGUUAUUUUGAUCUUAAAUAAAACUAUAUAAUAAAAUCUCGGGUAAUCAUCAAAGUUAGGUACUCCCCUGACACAAUUUUGAAUACUUACUGAGAAGUCGGAUAAUAAAUCAGGGGUUAAAACGCUGUAAAGUAUUUUAGAGUAUAAAUUCGUUAAGUAUUAGUAGAUAAUACAACAAUGUUGUUACACGAUAGAGAUAAGUUUUAUCCUAUUUCGACCAAUGUUUACUGUAAGUUGUUUGAAAAUGUUACAGUAUUUAUUGCACGUAGAUUCUUAUGAAUAAU